AUGGCAAUGGGAAUGGCUGGUGUAUUGUUCGUUGUGGGUUCUCUAUUAUCAUUUGUGGUGGCAUGUCAGGCUACUAAGGUAUACACCGUUGGAGAUGAAGCAGGUUGGACAUUGGGCUAUGAUUAUCACAAGUGGGCAGCAGGCAAAAAAUUCCACGUUGGUAAUACGCUGGUGUUUAACUACAUCCAUAAUGAGAUGAGCAUUCUUAAUGUGGUGAGAGUAAACAUAACAGCAUAUGCAAAGUGUGUUAGCCAUCCGAACAUGGGACUCUAUGAAAGUGGAAGCGAUAAGAUAGUUUUAAGCGCCCCGGGACAUAUGUGGUUUAUUUUUAGAACGCCCGAUCACUAUGAAAGCGACAUGAAACUUAAAAUCAAUGUGAGAAAACCACACCCCAAUAAGCACAAGACUCCUUCUCCUGCUCCUGCACCCACAACUGAAGGAAUUCCUUCUUCUUCUCCUACGUCUGCUCCCGCUCCUGCACACGCAACUGAAGGAAUUCCUCCUUAUUCUCCUCCUGCAUCUUCUCCUGCGUCUACUCCUGCUUCUGCUUCUAAUCCAAUUUUUCUCAAACGGUUAACUUGGCUUCCAUGGCAUUGA